GUAUCUCUUGCCAUCGCAGCUGAAAAGCAGUUCGCACCAUUACAAAUCAGACGACCAAGCCUUUUCAAGUUUCAACAGGUAGAAAGGGCCACGCCCUCUGUUGUAGAUAAUCUAAAAGAAGUAGGUCUGAGAAUCAGGAAGUCAGUGGUAUGGAUUGCUUAACGAAAUGUGUUUGAUGUGGCCGUUCCAAACUGACUAAGCCAGUGAACUGGAUUCGUGACUUCGAGUCAAAUUUUUUUUUUUAAACAUACAAACUAAUAAUCAGAACAAAUAUGAACUUUUCAAUGAUGAACGUUGCUCUGCUAGUGGGAACAAUCGUGCUAUUGGUUCCAAGUAUCUCCGAAUGUCAGCAGCUCUCUGUCAGCCCUGAAGGAGGUGCAACUGUGAUCUUGAGUACCUCCCACCCUGCAAAGGAGUGCAGUGUCUGCAUAGUUAGUGGAGUCAAUGGCUCUGAACUGGCCUGCUCCUCCAGAUUGACCCUGCAGCCAGACGAGAAUGUGGUUAUCCAGUUCAACUGCUCCAGUCCUGAUGAAGCCUUCACCGCUGUGAUCCAGAAAAUAGUCGAAUGUACCAAGGACUCAUGCAGCCCUGCUGCAGGUGAGACCCAACCCUCUCUGUUUACGGACUUCCAAAGGGAAUUCCUUUGGCAGCUGACUGGUGCCCCUGAGACCCAAUUGGCUUUGGACUUCCCUCAAGAUGGACUUCAGGAGAUUACAUCAUCUGAGACCUGUCCUGACCAAUACCUGUACACCGUCAGCACCCAGCCCAGCGGUGAUGUCCGCAAUGAGCGGUUCUGCAGGAAUGGCCCUAUCUCACACAUAGAUCUUCCCAACGAGGCCACAGUGUCCCUGCAGGUCCCGGGAAAGGAGGAUGUGAACCCAACCCUGUUCCAAAUUACUAGUAAACCUUUAGUGAAAAGGUCCCGAAUGAUGGUUGUGGCUCCAGACCUUGACACUAUCAUCUACAUCAGGAAGGUGGACACAGGGUCAGACUGCACUGUGUGCUCCAAUGAGGACUCCAAGCCACCCGAGUGCCUCGAACACCUGACCUUGAGAACCAUUCAGAACGUCUCUGUGGACUUCACCUGCCCUCAGCCUCAGGACACCUUCACAGUGGAGAUAAACCGGGAUAUUGUAUGUAACGAGAAGACCUGCAACGGAGACAUAGUGGUAAGGGAAUUCCCCCAAUUCCCAGAAUUCAACAGGACCUUCACUUGGGACCUGAGGGCUCCGAAUCUGAGAGCAUUUCGUGUGGACUUCUUGGAACCAGGAAUGAAGCAGGUGCUUUCAUCAGAGAGCUGUCCCGACCAGCUCUCCUACAACUUAAUCUCAUACCCGCGACCUAUCACUAUCGGAACCUUCUGCCGAAGUGGCCCCAUCACCUCCGUCCAAGUAAUCUACAAGGGUCGGCUGUCCUUGGCUGUCCCAGGAGGCGGGAAGGUGAAUCCGGACACUUUCAAAGUCCUUGCUGGAUCAGAGAUCAAAAAACUUGCUGUUGUCAAUGUAAAGAUGCCUUCAGAGACAGCAGCCACAGAGCUCUUCUCUGCAAACUACCCUGAUAAUUUCCCGGAUGAUGACCUGAUGAUGUGGGACUUCUCAAUCCCAUCGAAUUACAACUACUCCGUGAAUUUCCUGAAGCACACGGCGCCACCCUGCCUGAAGAAGGAUGUGAUGCUGGAGUACCAACGAGAGGGAGGAAAAUAUACCUUGGGGAGCAAGCUGACCGACAUCCAACCCCAAGACCAACAGGGCAGCUUUACUAUGUCCCUCACCAACUGUGAGACGGACCGCAGAGGAAACCCUCCAGGCCUUUCCCUACACUUCCAAGUCUCUGUGGUCAAGAGCAGCCACCCAGUACUGUGCGCUGUGGAUCUGCAGAAUGGGCAAGACCUGACCAUCGACAUUGAGAAGAUAACCACAGAGUCUGAAGACACAAAAUGCGAGAUGAAAAUGGAUGGGGUCCUCAAGGACAAAAUUACUGUACUCGCAGGGACCAGUGCAAACCUCGUCUUCCAAGACUGUCCAAGUGAGGAGCUGCAACUGACCAUCAGCAAGACCAUAGGAUGCCAUGAAUGGGGGGAUUGUCCACCGGGUGGGACUUUGCUCGAUCUCCCGGCACUGCCUUCAUGUCUACCUGUACCAAUGCAAAGUAUCACCUGGCACCUGAUGGUUCCAGAGGAUGGCACAGUGGAUCUGUGGCCCUCUACAUUCAGCCUUCGACAGUCUCUGCCUGGCCAGGAAUGCCAGAGGAUGUACUCCGUCAUAGUUGCUGAAGAAAACGGGACCCCCUUUGGCGAAUUCUGUCCAAAGGGCGCCAUCACCAAAGUGCAAAUCCAUUCAAAUGUCUCCGUAACCGUUUCGCCCAGGGCCCUCGGCCGGUCUCGGGGAUCCUUCUUCAACGUGACUUUUAGCAGAGAGAUCACUGAGAGCUACAUAUUUACCUUGUCCCCAGAAGUGGCAGCCCCGGCGGUGGUGAGCACCCCUAACUGGCCCGACAGCAUGAAGCCCUACUCCACAGCAUCGUGGAUCGUCAUGCUGCCCGACGGCUACAAGGCCAACCUGUUCUUCACCAACCUCAGCCAGCCCAAGUGCAGUAGCCGACACACCAACAUCAGGGUGCAGACCCUGGGCUCCCUGGAAGAGAUGUUUAGCCGGCGGAGUGACGAGACGCAGGUGAACAAGCUGGAAGUGCCGGACAGCUUCUUCCUCAACACAUCCAACUGCCUGCCUGAGGAUGGCGAAUUCAGCUUACUGAGCAAGAUCACCCUUAAGAAGAAGAAGAGCAAUAACCACCUGGCCAUCAUUCUGGGAGCAGUGGGCGGCCUGCUGCUGCUGAUGCUCAUUGUGCUAGCUGCCGUCUGCGUGGUCAUCAGGAAGAAGAAAAAGAAAAUGGCUGCUCAGGCAUCCAUCUACAUUGGCAAGGGGAACAUCUUUAUGCCGAAUGAGUUCCCCAAAACCCGGGCCAACAAUGAGUCACACAUCUAUACCGAUAUUGAAGACACUAUGGUCUACGGUCACCUGCUGCCAGACCCUGCCAACAACAGGCCAGCGAUGGACAAGUACGGAGGCCCACAGAUGGAUGUUUACCGGCCCUUCGCUGGAGCCAGCGCCCCAGUGUCCUCUUCUGGCGUGGAGAAUGCCCCGGGAUCAGAGGCGGACGCGUACCGGACCUUCCUGGACCCAUCCCAGAGCAAGGGCCCAUCCAGGCCCCACACGCCUGUGGAUCGUCAAGAGAGCCUGGGCUUCGUGGAUCGCCGCAUGGUGGCCAAUGAGCUAAACACGUUCAGGAGCAACGGCGAAGUCACCCCCCAGCGUCACUCCACUGUAGAUGCAGGAUCGCAGCAGGAGGCCGAGGAGGCCUUGUAGAGAUGGGUGUGACCAUGGGACAACUAAAUUAAUCUCUCACUGCUUCAUCAAUUGCUGAAAAGAGCAGCUAGAACCUGUGUUUGGAUUCACUGGGCCAGCAUUGAGAGAGAAUUAGAAAUUGCUGUCACAACUGGAAAACCCUGCGAAAUGAGUCCUAUAACAAUGAUCUUUGUUUCCCUUUAGUGACCCAACUAUCUUAAUAGUUUUUUCUUCAUUAACUGUGAUAUCCUGCCAUUCAAGCAGUGGUAUACACUUUUGAAUCUGGCAGGUCCUCUUAUGGUCAUAUUUUUAUAUGCACAUUAAUGUAUUAUUUUAAGCCCAUAGUUUUUUAAUAUGAAUGAAACAUAGGAGUUUUGUAUUCUUUGUCAUAUGAAUGGGGCUUAUGUAAGUGCCUGGUGAAUGAUUGCACUUUCUAAACUGGGUAGUUAGACAGUAAGCCAUUAUUUUAGUUUAACAGAUUAUUUGCCAAACCUUGUGGUUUCAGCUCAACAUAACUAUUAUUAGCAUUGUGUGCCAUUAGGUUGAACACCACUCAUGUAGUUAGUUGUAUUUUACAUUUUGGAAUUUUUUGAUUUUUUUGCACUUGUGUCCUUUCCACGAUUUCCAGAUUAUGUUGAUAAAAUCCAAUGGCUAACAAAUUUGACCGUGCUACUACUGUAUAUAUAAUAUGUGUAUAUAGUGAGAGAUGUAUGUAGGAUUUUGGGAUAUGUAUGUAUGUAUGGUUUCUGUGUUUUAGUGGAGAUGUAGGAACUUGUAUAGUCCAUCUCCAUUCACAUUUAAGUCUAGCUAGAUCUGGAUGAGCUGGAACAGCAGUUCCGAGGCCAACGCAAAGCCACGCACCUGUGCAUCAUGAUUACUCCAUGUCAAUCAUUUCCCAUGGCUGUGAAAAUUGGAUGCAUUAGAGGAUUCAAAAAGUGAAUUCUGGCCUCCACAACCCCUACGAGCCCAACACAUACCUUCUUCAUUUUGACCAGAUGUCUCAUUCAUUCUACCCAUCAAGGAAAACAAGCAACAUGAGAAUCCACACGUGUCCUUCAUCUGCACAGUGGACUUGUGUGUGUUAAUAUGCCAAUAUACUCACAAUAUUAUUUACAGUGCUGGCAAAGCAGAAUUAAUCUAUGAGAAUACUGCUUUGUGCAAAUAUUAUCAAGCAAGGUUGGCUGGACAAUAAGGCUGAAAAUCCAAACCCAUUUUCAGUUCUCUCCUUGUUCAAAACCUAUAGUGGCUAUUAGUAUAUAAAAAGAAAUUCUAUUUAUUCUGGGUGCACAACAAAUGUGUUCUAAUUCUAAUUUAUUCAUUCAUAUUUGAUACAUAACAAUAGUGGAUCUUAACAUGUGUUUGGAAGGCCUUUUUGGUAUGUGGGGGCUGUCGAUCUCUUUCCAGAAGCGAAAAUUACCCUUGGUCCUGUGAUGUUCCCUUUUAUAUUUGCAUUUCUUUUUUUAAAUCACAGCUCUGUGUGCUUUUAAAUUUUCUUGGUGAUGUCAUAUGAGAUGUCAAUAAAGUUUUAUGAAUGCUGGGAUUUGGACUACCAGAUGGAUUUUUUCCAAAUGGUGAUUUCAUAUGGGGUGAUUAAUAUGGAAGUUCUGAUGCAUGAUCAAUUUGCUA